AUGGCUGACCAGCUUGUUGAAGAGACUCUCCGCUACGGCUCUCACUCUCUCCAGACCAUCACCGUCGCUACAGUCCCGAAUGGACUUGCGACUGGCCUCUGGGUGGUUCUCAUCCAUGGCGGCGCCUGGCGCGAUCCAACUCAAACCGCUGAUUCAUUCCUCCGUCCUGCCGCAUCGAUUCUCAAAUCCAACCCCACCUACAGCACCGUCUUCUCACGCAUAACCGGCUUCGCAUCUAUUAGCUACAGACUCAGUGCUCAUCCGAAUCACCCACAAGACCCGCAAAACACGGAUGCGUACGAACUGCGCAAUGUCAAACACCCAGAUCACAUCCGCGAUGUGCAAGCGGCGCUGAGGCUUCUGCAGAACACCUACGGCUUCGGGGAGGAAUACCUUCUUGCGGGACACAGUUGUGGAGCUACUUUGGCGUUCCAAUGUGUCAUGGACAGACUGCAACUGCAUGAUGAGGAAGAAGAUAUUGCUCAGCCGAAGGCGAUCCUGGGAACCGAGGGGAUCUAUGAUGUGAGACUCUUGCGAGAUACCCAUAAGCAUAUUACUGCAUAUCAGGAGUUCUCCGAGGGAGCAUUUGGCUCUGAUGAGUCUGUUUGGGAUGCCGCAUCGCCCGCCGUCAAAGGAGAAGAUGGUUUAUCUGGAGUCGAGCGUGGUUGGAAGUCUGGCUUGGUGGCCAUAGUCGCACAUUCGGAAGAGGACAACUUGGUCGAUAGGGGUCAAGCAAAUGCGAUGACAAAUGUUCUUUACCGCUGGGAAGCGCGGAAAGAGCAGACUCGGCGUGUCAUUUGGCUACAGCUGAGGGGCGAGCAUGAUGAGCCGUGGGAGAAGGGCGACGAACUGGCAAGGGCAAUUGCUGCCACGAUCCAGGAACUAUCUCGUAAUGUGAUAUCAUAG